GACCAAUCAUAAGCCAGAGUUUUCCGGGCUGUGUUUUCUUAUGUAGCCGCAUAAGUAGCGUGGGCCAGCCAUUUCAAGCUGCAAGGCAGGAGACCGGUAAAAUCAUCUUGAAUCAUGGGCAAAAAGGAUGCAGAUAAGCCAAGGGGGCGUAUGUCUUCAUAUGCGUUCUUUGUGCAAGUGUGCCGCGAAGAGCACAAGAAGAAACACCCAGGAGAGAAUGUGAACUUCAGAGAGUUCUCCAAGAAGUGCUCUGAAAAGUGGGCUAGUAUGACAGCCAAGGAAAAAAAGAGGUUUGAAGAAAUGGCUGAAAAGGACAAGGCUCGUUAUGAGAGAGAGAUGGCCAAAUAUGUUCCCCCUCCAGGUGAAUCUGGUGGCAAAGGAAAGAAGAGGAAGCAGAAGAAGGAUCCUAAUGCACCUAAGAGGGGAAUGUCUGCAUUCUUUUUCUUCUGUGCCCAAGAACGCCCUGCUCUGCGGGCUCAGUUUCCAGACUUGGGCGUCGGUGAAAUUGCUAAGAAGUUAGGUGACAAAUGGUCCAAGGUUACCGACAAGAGUGCUUUCGAAAAGAUGGCUGCCAAUGACAAGGCCAGAUAUGAAAAGGAAAAGAGUGCGUAUAGUAAGAAGGCUAAGGCAUCUCCACAGAAGAAGGCCAAAGAGGAGAGUGAGGAGGAAGAGGAAGAUGAUGAGGAGGAGGAAGAUGAGGAUGAUGAUGAUGAUGAUGAAUAAACUGUCUUUGAUUACAACUUCUUUCGUGUCCACUCCCAUCUUGCACUUACUUAAUUUGUAGGCUGUAAUUUCACCUUCUCUCGCAUAGACACUGAAUAUUUCCCUACUAUUGGACACUUCUCUGUUAAGUUUUGAUCAGUAAGGAGUUUUAUUCAGUUUUGAAAAUGUUCAGAAGUGAGAUGGCCACCGUCAUUUUGUUGGAUGGAUCUUCAUUGCUGUAUAUAGGAGAUCAUAAUGGUUAUUAGAUUGCUUGUAAAGAAAGAUUUCACCAAGUAGAUGCUUGGGUAACUGAGAAUUAUUUUUUAAUACCAUAAUGGGCUGAGCAAAAGUUCUUGUGAAUACUUGAAAUUGCAGGCCAAAAUUUGAAAUUUAGAUGUAAAUAUAGUAUGCCACAGUAAAUGACCUUUUGCUGACGUAGAAAUUGCAACAUUCUGAAAUUCAUUCAUCUUUUCAUUGCUAUUGUCUUUGUAUAGUAGAUUGUUUUAUAUUUUGCUUAUACUUGUAUAUUGUGUGUUCUGUUUCUUGGUGACAGAGCCCUGUGAACACUUACUUCUCGUUUUCUGUGGAUUUCUGGGAGUUCAUUUUAGCAGAAGUAAAUGUUUGCUCUUUAUCUGUAUUGGUCAAAUUUUAGUCAUCAUUUGAGAAAUUCUUAAGCUUUUGACUAUUUCCAUCUGUUUGUGUUGCAUCUGGCAAGAGAUUGCAUUAAAAUCGGGAAGUGGCUGUGAAUAGAGAAGAGGCCUCGAUGAUGAGCUGGGAAAACGGCAUUGUUACAGAAUUGGUGUAUACAGAUCCAGAGAAACAUUUUUAUUUCUCAUUAGUGUUGUGAGCAGGUUUUAUCUUGAACAACAAUAAAAUGGUUUUAUAUCAA